UUCUGACUUCGUCUCAAAUAAACUAUUCCCAUCGGACCUAUUACAAUUCAACUCCAAUAUACCAAAGAACAACGAUCACAGCCGCCAUGCGUUUCACCAGCUUCGCUACCGCCCUUACCACCCUCUCCGUCGCUUCUGCGCGCAUCUAUGGCAUCGAAGUCCCCUCCACACUCGCACCCAACAGCACUUUCAACCUUACUAUUAUCACGGGAAACUACGUUCAAUCCGUCGCCGACAUCUCUGUAGCUUGGGGCUACUCACUCGCCCCCGGCUACCCUGAGACUCUUGGCUCCUUCAUCCAAAGCUCCUACCUGGGCCCCAACAAGAGCAACACUCUCGACAACAUCACUAUUGAGGCGACUGUGCCUGCUAGUCUCGGCAGUGACAGCUGGAAUGGGAGUUUGAUUCUGAGCGCUGGUGUGUAUAGCUUGUACGGUGCAAGCUCAAGCCCAGUUAUUGACGGAUUCAACGUGACUGUGCAAAUUGGCGAGGAGACUAGCGAGGAGACUGUGUCGAGCGAUGGAUUUGCGUGGUCUGUUAACACCCAGCGCCAGUCUUGAGCCUGAACCAUCCGAUUUCUUCAUAGCAAUUGUACAUAUUCUUCCUGCUUGUAAACGAGUAUAGAUUUCGCGAAUAAUCAAAGGACAUACCCAAUUUUUUACCACGAGCCCAGGAGCUACGCUCGUACGGUGGCCCACCGUACUCGGCUUCAUUUACUGGACCUCAGUUUGCGACUUCGACUUCUGUUAUCCGAUGGAUUUGCCGCUUUGACC